UCAACUGCCUGCGCUCCUGAUUGGGCGGGAACAACGUCCUUGUUUCCACCAAUGAAAACUCUCCGAGCGUCCACUGAGUAAGGAGCCGUCAGCUGACUGUGUUUAUCAUCUAUUAUACACAAGACUCGAGCGGAGACAGAUGCGAAUCACUGUGAUUCCAGAACACAUGUCAACUUCUCCCUCAUUCACAAACUGAGCUCUUCAGAAAGAUGCAGUUCAUGCUGUUGUUCAGCCGACAGGGCAAGCUCCGUCUGCAGAAAUGGUACGUUCCUCUGUCUGAUAAGGAGAAGAAGAAGAUCACGCGGGAGCUGGUGCAGACCGUUCUGGCCCGUAAGCCAAAGAUGUGCAGCUUCCUGGAGUGGAGGGACCUGAAAAUCGUGUAUAAAAGAUACGCCAGUCUGUAUUUCUGCUGUGCCAUUGAGGACCAGGAUAAUGAACUGAUCACACUGGAGAUCAUCCACCGCUACGUCGAGCUGCUCGACAAAUACUUCGGCAGUGUUUGUGAGCUGGAUAUCAUCUUUAACUUUGAGAAGGCGUAUUUUAUCCUGGACGAGUUCCUGCUGGGAGGCGAGGCUCAGGAGACGUCAAAGAAGAAUGUCCUGAAAGCCAUCGAGCAGGCGGAUCUGCUGCAGGAGGUGAGGCAGGAAGCAGAGACUCCCCGCAGCGUCCUCGAGGAGAUCGGACUCACAUAAACCCCUCCGAGACGUCCGUCCCAAACACACACACACACACUCAACUCAGCCUGACCAGAUGUAGCACACACUCUUCACCAUGUUUCCGUGUUGGUCGCCUUUCCUCCUCAUGACAUUGGUUUGUGAGCAGAAGUUGUAGCAGAAAUGUGUUUAGCGCCAGACUUUACAUCUGCUGUGAAGAUCAGUG